AUGGCGCGUUAUAAAAACCACGGCAAACGCGGCAAUGGCAAUAACAAUGGAUAUCAGGGAAACCAGGGAAACAAGGGAAACCAAGACUACCGUGGAAACAAUAACUACCGUGGAAAUAAAAAUAAACGGGGGCAUCAAAACAACUAUGGAAAUCAAAACAAUCAUAAUAAUCGCGGCAAUAAUAAAAGCAAAAACAGAGGCGGUACAUAUGAAAAGGGCCAAUGGUACGAUGAGUUCGGCAACAAGCGUGGAAGUAAAGGCAACAAGCAUAACGGCAAAAAACUCUGUGACAGAUGCGGCGCCGACGACCAUGAGAUUCAUGACUGUAAAGCACCCCGGGAGGAGGCCCUGGCAUACUCGGAUUACAGACGCGAUCGGAGCUCCUUCCAAUGUCCCUACUGCCGCUCAAAGGAUCACCUCCCCUCACGCUGCAAAUCCGAAGAUGCUUUAGAAUCUCGAGCCAUACAAGAUGGAUUCUCGAAGGUCCAGACGAUGCAUCGGUCGAACAUGCCCAACAAUGACACCUUUAACAGACAUAUGCCACCUGACUGGUGCAGAUUCUGUAAGCGAAAGGGCCACGCCCAUGAGGAUUGCCCAGAGAAACACAAGUGGAUUACAGACUUGUGGAAUGAGAUCGAGCGCUCGAUGCGGGAGCUGCCAUACUGCAGCGUUUGCAGAGACCUCAACCACAGAAUGUUCACCGAAUCGAGCUUUGAUUACACCGAGUGCCCCUAUCUCGCGCAAGUAAAACAAAAAGUUGCAUUGUUCAAGGAUCGGGUGAUGGAAGAGGAGCACAACUGGCUGGAUGCCGACUUUGGUGAUGGCAUAAAGCUUCCAGGGCGCCCAUUCUUUUGCGCAUAUUGCGAACAUUUUACCUACGGGUACCACAAGUGCCCGGGUCCGGACAGCAAUGGACAAGACAUUUUCGGCGGGCUGGCAGCCGGCGUUUACGGCGGGCGCUUGCCGUACGCGCACGUGGAUGCUCUGCGCAAAUCCGACGAGAAGCGCCUCCUCGAUCAGAAGCUGAGCAUGGCCAUGGCGCCCGAGGUGGAUAGGAGGUGUCCAAAGUGCCACAGUGCCGUGCCGCCCACAGUAUUGAGCGGCCAUCCGGGCCAGAAGAUCUUGGUAACCUGCACGACCCCGGGAUGUGGCCAGGGAAUCGCCUUAGAAACCGAAGGCAUACUCAAGAGCAACAAGAGAAAGCGUAGCAGAGACGGCUACAGCAGCAGCAGCAGUAGUAGUAGCAGCAGCAACAGCAGCAGCAGUGGUAGUGGCAGCGACAGGAUCUACACCAAAAAGCGCAAAACUAAAAAGCGCAUAUCAACACCAAAGCUCGACGCAGCCGCCAUCGCCGCCGGUCUAGAAAUACCCAAAUUCGAAUUCUACGGCAAGCACAGCUCCAAGAAAAUCAGAGCCGCAAAGCGCGAAUUCAUGACACGCAACCUCCUGGACGAACCCUGGAACGCUUGGACCGCCACGCCCUCCAGCGACGGCCGCUCCCUACACUACCGCCACAAGACCGGCUACAGCACGCUGUUCAACGCCAAGCAAAAACAAUACAUAUUGCCGUGGGACCUAAACCUCGCGCACGGCAACCACCUGCCCUGCCUGCCGCCCAUGCGCCUCGCAUUCAGCGCAGCGGACCAGCAGGCACGCAAAGACACAGGGUGUCCCACGUUCCAGGCGCGGGCGGGCUUGAUCCCUGCGUGCGGCGGCUGUGGCAUUUACGGCAUUGUGGCUGACGCGGAGAUGGAUGUCGUUAUGAGCGGGACCGCGGACGACGAUUGCGAUGGGAGUUUGGCGGGCGCGGGUUUGGGCACCGUGCUUUGGCGCUGGCAGGGACCUGAUGGAAUUGGUAUGGCGAGGUAUGUUAGGGACUGCUUAUGUAAUAAGGUCCUGAUGGUUGGCCGUGGCUCGGGCCUGCUGUGGCAGCCGCUUGAAAAUGCUAAUCUGUGA